AUGCCUUUGGAUAUACGGCGUAAAAAACAACAUUAUUUUAUUGGGUUAGGCUGAAAGGCUGUAAAGUUGAGCAUCCCACUGCUACUGUUCUAGAUGACUGUUGGGAAUAUACAAGUAGACAAGGCAGUGGUUUUGGUUGGACAGUUGGAAAAACUUGCUGAUGAGAGUGGUUGGAGGUUGGCCCUUCCGUGGUGAUUUAAGGUCUGUUCCUCCAUGGUUAUAGUUAGUUAGCUCGUAGAUUUAGCAAAAGCAGAGUGGGUAGCCACUUUGUCGAUGUGCACAAGAGUAACUAACUUGGCACUUUUGCUAACCUUGCCUGCUGGGUUCUUCUAGAUUUAGCGAACUAACGUUAACUAGCUCAAUCUAGUCAAGUAGCCAACAAACAUUCAACACUGAAACUAAAAAGUUGAUUUCCUUGCUCAAGUAUGGGGAUGUGCUUACCGUGCCUUGGUGGACCUGGAAACGACUUGUCCACCUCACCAGAUCGAGAGACAAGGAGACGUGAGCUGGCAGAGGCCGCUGAGAAGAGGCAGAAAGAGACAACCUACAGGGGUGUCAAAAACCCCCAAGCAGUUGAGAGAAAUAAAAAGAAUAAGGAGAUGGAGAAACAAGAGAUGAGACCGUCUCCGCCUGGAGGAGAAGGAGGAGGAGGGCUGAAGGUUAGUCCUCAUAUUUUCAACACAGAUUAUGUCAUGUCACAGUCUGCCUGCAACUUCAAGAGUGGCAGGUAGGCUAAAGAUAGACAUGGAGAGAUCCUGGAAGUCUCAAUGUAGACUGAGGUUCAGCUAACAUCAUGAAGAGUGUCGGUACCAGUUGACUUGAAAAGGCUUUUUUUUUUUUUUGAAUGUCAGCCCUUCUACUAGAUUUUUUAUUUUUAAAUGCAAGCUUUUUAUUUUAUUUUUAGAGGCGAUUGUGUGUCUGCAUCUCUCAACUUCGUAGGAUAGUUUGCCGGGCUUCGACGCUGGUAAAAAAAAAAAAAGAUUCUGCUGCCCAAUGUUGGCCGUGUGAAUCACAGGACAUGCCUCCCUUAAUGCCAAUAUAUACAAGAGAAUAUGCAAGCCAGCCAAUGGAGCUUUGGAACAGACAGGGUGGCAUAGCUAUGAAUAGAAUAUAAACACUCAGAGGAAAUAUGCUCUCACACUACAUCGAUAAACUGUACCAGGCGUCUUGCAGUGCACUCUCUCUCUCUCUGUGUUCUCUUUGUCCUCUCGCCUUUCUUUCUCUCAGCCAUUUCAACUUUGCCAGCUUUAACACCAUGGCGCUUACUUCUUUUGCAAUUGUUUCAGACAUUUUGAACUUUGAGGAAUAUUCUCAUUCUUGUGAUCUAUUUACUGUAUAGUAUAUUUUCCUUCUACAAUGAUUUUAUGCAACAAAGUCCUUUUUACUGUUCAAAAUAGGCCUAGAUGAUUCAAAUGACAUUUUCUAUUGUAGAUCAGUGUGAAAAGAACUACGUUUCCCAUAGCUACUGAUGAACCACGUGAAUGUUUUAGAGUUCACGCACCAGCACUAUUCAGUUGACUUUUCACUUUAGUGUUUGAUUUUCAUAUGUCUGUGCAAUAUAAGUUAUUUGCUACAGGUUGUAAUGGUUUGUAAUGUAUGAAGAAAAUGCUAUAUUUUAAAUGAGGUAAGAGGUUUGAGUCGUGAAAGCCUGAUGAAAAAGUGUUUUUUAUGCAUGAAUAUUUCUUCUUCUGUUUUUUUCUCAUUUCAACCUGUUCAGUAAUAUUGUUGUCAUGACAAUGUUCCAGGAAUUAUUUUAUCCAAACAUACACCGGUGUCACAUAAUGUUCUUUCUUGGGUAUGCAGUCUGUUGUCACGAUGGUAAUAGGACUACCGUUAUUCACCAGGUUUCGGUCCAUUCCAUUUCAGUUCAGGAAGUACACUGAAAUUACAACUAUCUGCAAUGCUUUUCAAUGAGGAACAUUUUUUGGGGAUUUACUUUCUGAAUUGAAAUGGAAUUGACC